AUGGAGUUGUCUAUUGUAUUUUUAUAGAUACUUACAGUAUAACGAAGAUGUUGUCUCGACUAGGUCUGGGGCUUCUCGCCCGCGCUGCCGUUGCCGGGGGCGAGGGACUCGCAGCCCGCGCCUUUGGGACUGGCAGCGCGUACCUGCCUCUGCCGGGUGAUGCUCGCAGCCAAAUCGUGACGCUGAUCCCCGGUGACGGCAUUGGUCCGGAGGUGACGAAGGCGGUUGUGGAUGUGGUGGCAGCCAUGCAAGCGCCCAUCACUUGGGAACGGUUCGACUACCUGUCUGGCAGUGAGGAGACUGCCGCCGGCUCCGUGCCGCGCACCUCGGUGCCCAAGGAGGUCCUGGACUCCAUCCGCCGCAACGGAGUGUGCCUCAAGGGCACGCUGUUCACGCCCCUCAACAAGGAGAACACAAACACGCAGUCGCUCAACGUGCAGCUGCGGAAGGACCUGGACCUGCACGUCAACGUGGUUCACGGCUUCUCCAUCCCCGGCCUGCCCACGCGCUACAACAACCUGGACAUCGUGGUGAUCCGUGAGAACACGGAGGGAGAGUACUCGGGACUGGAGCACGAGGUGGUUGAGGGGGUGGUUGAGAGCCUCAAGGUCAUCACGUACGAGAAGUCGUUGCGUACGGCGCAGUACGCCUUCGAGUUCGCCUACCUCAACCACCGCAAGAAGGUGUCGGCCAUCCACAAGGCCAACAUCAUGAAGCUGGGUGAUGGCAUGUUCCUCAAGGCCUGCCGCGAGGUGGCUCGCAACUUCCCCAACAUCAAGUACGAGGAGGUGAUCGUGGACAACACCUGCAUGCAGCUCGUCAACAAGCCUCACCAGUUCGACGUGAUGGUGACGCCCAACCUGUACGGCAACCUGGUGUCGAACGUCGUGGCGGGGCUGUGCGGCGGCUUCGGAGUGGUGCCGGGAGGAAACAUCGGAGACGGCGUGGCGGUGUUUGAGCAGGGCGCCCGGCACGUGGCCAAGGACCUGGCGGGUGCGGGUGUGGCCAACCCCACCGCCACGCUUCUGUCCACGGCCAUGCUACUGCGGCACCUCAAGCUGGCGGGCUUCGCGGACAGGCUGGAGGCGGCCGUGCUCAAGGUGUACACGGACGGCGACGAGGCCGCCCUGACGCCGGACGUGGGCGGCUCCGGCACCCUGCUGCGCUUCACAGAGGCGGUGGUGCGCAACCUGCAGGAGUAGGGAGAGGCUGUGGCUGCAGCAGGCGCAGGCCGCGGUAGGAUGUGGCCCAAGGAGCGGGCUGCAGGAGCGGGCUGCAGGAGCAGGCUGUAGGAGCAGGCUGUGGGAGCAGGCUGUGGGAGCAUCCUGGGGUGUGAGGUGACUGCAGCAGGGGAAGCGGGGCCCUGUGUUGGGGCAGGAGAGGCGCGCGUGGCUGCCGGAGUGAGGUUGGAGCAGCAGGCGCAAGGGUGGUGACAGCGGCGGUGGUGCGGUGGGGGUCUUCAUUCUGGAGCCCACGGCGUUGUGGGGUGUCUGGACUCGCCUUGCCGUGCCUUGCCAUUGCCUUGGGGGCACUGCUUUGCCGGUGUGCAUCCGGACGUGUUGGGGGUUGGGAGGAGCGCGGGGGAGAGCGGGGCGAAAGGAGCGUCACGCGCCAACCAUGCUUUGCUCCAGGGCUGCCACCGGGGCUGAAGUGGGGCAUGUUUCAUUCCACGACUGGUCUACGUACGCAUUAGUUCCGCAACGCACGUCAAUAACACGACGCGGCCUGGCAGCGUGGGGUUACCAGGCGGCACCACAAGCUUGACAACUUGAAUGCGGGGGUGAGAAGGGGGGCGUGUAGUGUGCAGUGCUCGUGAGCAUGCGAAGUGUCGAGAAGAUAAAGUAGGUGGGCAAGGUGUUGGUGCCCAACCUGUGCCGAGCUACCAAUGGGCACAAGCGGUGCAGUCCUGGAGUCCAGUUGUGCGCUGUGUCCAUCGUGCAUCGCCCACUCUCGCUUUAAUGGCCAUGCGCGCA